UCAAGAAAUACACCUAAACAUAGACUAAAACCAACACUUAGACUAAGUGAAGAUGAUUUUCCCUAUCUUUUUCACAUUUGUUCUCCUCCUUUCCAUUUCCGAUGCUGCAGUGCAGGACUUCUGUGUUGCAGACUACAAGGCUCCAGAAGGCCCUGCAGGCUACUCCUGCAAGAAGGCUGCAAAAGUUACCGUAGAUGACUUUGUAUUCACUGGCCUAGGUGUUGCUGGUAACACCACAAACAUUAUCAAAGCUGCAGUCACCCCAGCAUUUGCUGCUCAAUUUCCUGGUGUUAACGGCCUUGGCAUUUCGCUGGCUCGUCUAGACCUGGCUCCUGGUGGAGUUAUCCCAUUUCACACACACCCUGGAGCUUCAGAAGCCUUGAUUGUUACGCAAGGAACCAUAAUUGCCGGGUUCAUUUCAUCAGCUAACACAGUUUAUCUGAAAACCCUUAAGACGGGUGAUCUUAUGGUGUUCCCUCAAGGGUUAUUGCACUUUCAAGUGAAUGGAGGUGGUACUUCAGCAAUUGCCUUCCCUAGCUUCAGUAGUCCAAGCCCCGGUCUGCAGAUUCUGGACUUUGCACUUUUCCAAAACGAUUUGCCUACAUCAUUGGUAGCAAUGACUACUUUCCUCGAUGUUGCUCAGAUCAAGAAACUUAAGGGUGUUCUAGGUGGUACUAAUUAAUUUAGGUUGUGUUGAGAUACGUACCAGUGUGUAAUUCAUUUCCUUUUGUUUCAUUUUGUGAUUGAGAAGGCCUGUAAGUGUAGGAUUAUUCAGGUCAGUAGCGGUUUCUACUCUGCACUAAAUUUAUGUAUGCUUGUAUAAGUCUUAUCGUGUGCUCCAGUUAUUGGACCGGUGAGGCAACAAUUAUGUUGAAGGAAAAUGCCACAUUUGCAUGUUAGUUAACCUGAAAUCUCAAAUUUCAUGUUCUA